AUGAGCAUAAAGGAUUUGGUUCGCCGCAUCCGCUGUUGCAAAACUUUAGCAGAGGAACGCGCUUUGAUAGCCACAGAAUGUGCUAAUAUCAGAACAGGGUUUAGGGAGGAUCCCAAUAGCGAUCGCCGCCGAAAUGUCACAAAACUUUUGUUCAUCCAUAUUUUGGGUCACGCAACAAAUUUCGGCCAAAUUGAAUGUCUAAAGCUUGUUGCAUCAGACAAAUUUUCAGACAAACGCAUAGGUUACCUGGGUUUGUCACUAUUGUUAAAUGAAAACAUGGAGAUUUUGAUGCUAGUAACUAAUUCUAUCAAAUUGGAUCUAUCCCACCCAAAUCAUUACGUCUCAUCACUUGCACUAACUGCCUUAGCAAAUAUAGGCACUUUGGAAAUGUUUCAGUCGUUAGACACUGAAAUACAGUAUUUACUGCAAGUCAGCAAUCCUCUAAUUAAGAAGAAGGCAGCACUAUGUAUGAAAAGGUAUAUACUCAAAUUAAAUACUCCACCAUCGAUAAUCCAUGAUGACGUCACCUUGUAUAUUCAUAUGGUUCCUAAGCUGAUUUUGGACCAAAAUCAUGGCGUUGUUUCAUCUGGGUGCGUCUUGCUAACUGCUUUAUUGGAUCGAUACCCCGAUUACCCAGAGUGGAGUUCAAAUGUACCGGUUUUAAUUGAAAGGAUGUAUAAACUAAUUGGCCCCCCUGGCACUAAUGGUCCUGUAUACGGCGAUUGUUCUAUAGGUGGCAUUCCAGAUCCCUUCCUCCAAUCAAAGAUUUUACGUCUGCUAUGUCGCUUGUCGGCGUUUAAAUUGCAACCUCAUGUACAAAGGGAGCUAAAUAAUCUGCUAGCCCAAAUUGCAACUCAACAAGAUACAAAAAAUAACAAAGUUUUGACCUAUAAUCCAGGUGUUAGUGUUCAAUAUGCUUGUGUAGAAUGUAUUUUUGCUUGUCCAGUCGAGAAGGGGCUAAGGCUAUUAGCUAGUAACAUCAUUAAACGAUUUUUAGAGAGCCCAGAUAACAAUCUAAAGUGCGUGGCGCUAAACAUACUUCAAAAGAUAGUAAAAAGUGACACAACGACUGCACAGCGCCACAUAAACUACAUUGUGCACUGUUUGCUCAAUCCAGAUAUCUAUAUCCGAAAGGUGGCACUCAACGUAUCUUUUCUACUUACUAACCAGGAAAAUGUUUUACCCAUGGUAAAACAUUUUUCUAAUAUACUAUUAACUUCGAAUGACUCUUUGAAGCGCGAUGCUGCAAUGAAGAUAAGCCAUGCAUUAACAGCCUUUUACACACCACCGAUUUAUCAGCUGGAGAUGUAUAUAAAACUACUGUCACUUACUGGAUCAUCUGCGCCUAAUGAGAUCCUAUCCAAACUGUGCGAUUUAAUUCGAAAGAACCCCGACAUUACAGACAAGGCAAUUUCCCAACUAUUUGUAGCAGCAAGAAGUAAUAUUAACCAACUUCUGUUGGUCAAUGCAUGCCUGUGGUCGCUUAGUGAAUGUGUUACGGAUGGCAAGGAGGGUUGGUCGAGUCGCCUUGACUCUGUCCUUUCUAGGGGCAUUAUGCCAAAUAAAUAUCCACACGCUACUACUAAAAAUAAUAACUCUAAUGAUUCAACCAACAUACUGGAUUCAAUGGACCCAUUUUCACAGUCUGAAUUGGACAUUUUAAGUACUGUUGGCAAUGCUAAUGAUAAUAAUGGCAAUAAUGACAAUGGUGAUGAGAACACUGAAAAAUUCGAAUUACCGAUACAUGAAGUAAUUUCCUUCCUGAUACACUUGUCAGAAAGGGUGUUAUCCGGUGUUGGAACUGAUAACGGAGAGUAUUUGUUGAAUUGCCUUUGCAAAUUGUCACUAAAGUACCCGGAGCAUUUGACUAUUUUCAGGGAAAUCAUAUCCAAAUUCCGUAAUUUUGAAAACAUAGAGUUACAACAACGUGCGUGUGAGUUUUAUUUGAUUUUGGGAAUUCUUGAUGGUGACACAGCUGUUCCUUGCAGUACAGAUUUUGUUUUUACUGGCAAUGAUCCUACAAUCGGUAUCAAUAAUGAUGAAUAUAGUAUAGGUGACAUUAUUUCAUCACCCAAUACUAAACCAUUGGGUACCAAUUUAAUGAAUGCCCACGCAAAUUUUGAACUGAAUUACCCAUUUACAACUGAUACCAACCUUACAAUGGGGAUUAAUUUACUGGAGCUGGAUUUCCUUAAACCGAUACCCCAAAAUGAAUCCACUUUCAAUUUACCUGAUAAGCGCGGUGAGAAGAUGGUUGCUGAAUGUAAAACCGAUUUUUUGAAACCGAAUAUCUCUAAUUUGGUUAUGGACGACCCAUUUACAUCAGUGGCAGAAGAAGCCUUUUCCAAAAAAUCUAACGAUAUUAAGAUAGAGUCAGAUUCCUUGUUUUAUCCCACAAAAAGUCCCUCUUAUUCUGCGAGAGACGACAAUUUGAAGAUUGACAUUGAACCUUCAUUCUAUUCCACCGCUAUCCCAGCACACACAGCAACUGACACCUCCACUACUGAUCAUAUGAGACAACUGGACUUGAUCAAGGAUGAGUUAUCGCAAGUUGAUGCAUUUGCUGAUUUGUCCCUAGACAAACGAUGA